CAACUACACACUCUCUCUCUCUUCAACUUUCUCAUACUCUCUUUAAAAUCUCUGCAAAAACUAAUAAUUACUCUUCGGUAUAAGCCCUAUGUACCAGACGCAAAAUUAGCUGGCAUUGAUUGGACUCAGACCCAGAAGAGAUCCAGAGACUGUGUUGAAAUUGUUUUCAUGUUGUUGAUGGAUUUUGGUUGGUGGAGCAGAGUCGGUCUUCCUUCUUGUUUCCAUAACUUGUAAUUACUGGAGUACGCUGGGAGUUGAAUUAUGAAAAUGGGAAUCGACAAAGAUGGUUCAAAAAGUGGAGGCCACGUAGGUGGUUUCUUUCAGUUGUUUGACUGGAAGGCAAAAUCUCGGAAGAAGCUAUUCUCAAGCAAGUCAGAUUUUCCAGAACGUUCAAAACAAGGAAAGAAAAGUGAUGGGACCUUGCCAAUGACGCGGCUUCAUCUGAUAGAUGAGGAUGAAGCUGGAGCAGGAGAAAGUUUUAAUGGAAGUAGUGAUUAUAGUUGUGCUUCAUCUGUAACAGAUGAUGACAGAUAUGGAGCUAGAGCCCCUGGGGUAGUAGCGAGGCUUAUGGGAUUAGAUUCUCUGCCCAUAUCUUCCGAGCCCCAUUCUACCCCAUUUUUUGAUACCCUAUCUCUUCAAGAUGCUCAUUGCUGCGGGAAAAACCCUGAAUAUCAUCUUGACCAUCAAAUCAUGCAUUCUGGACAUCUGCUCCGUAAGGUGGAAAGUGAUACAAGGGACUUUUUGGAGUCAAAGGCUCAGAGGAUGAGAAGCAGGCCAAUAGAGAAGUUCCAAACUGAAAUUUUGCCUGCAAAAUCAGCUAAAUCUAUCCCAAUCACACACCAUAAACUUUUAUCACCUAUCAAGAGUCAUAGCUUCAUUUCAACAAAGAGUGCUGCUCACAUAAUGGAAGCUGCUGUAAAAAUUAUUGAGCCUGGACCCCAAGCUGAUAAUAGGGCUAGUAUGGCUGUCGUUGGGUCUUCUUCUCUACCCUUGAAAGUUCGGGAUCUUAAAGAAAAAGCAGAGGCAGUACAGAGAAUGCCGCUGGUUGGCUCUUCUGCAGUACCCUUGAAAGUCAAAGAUCUAAAAGAGAAAGUAGGAACUGCCCAUAAAACAACUAGGCUUGCUGAAGCUUCCCUUGGACCUGUUGAGAUUAAUGCUGCCAAGUGUCUCAAGGGUCAGUCUUUGAACAAGAGCUGGAAUGGAUCAGUAGAUACAACAUCUUUUAGAGAAUUCGAUGCGGAAGAGGUUACCUCUGGCGUAAAAAACAAGGAAAAGUCCAUUUCACUUGCAAUCCAAGCAAAAGUAAAUGUCCAGAAAAGAGAAGGCUUAAAUUCAAGCAGUAGUCGAAAUUUUUUAUCCCAGAAACAGCAGAGUGAGGUUAAGUCAAGCCAGCCAUUCAAGAGUCAAGGAAACAUAAAAAAGAAUUUGCAUAAGCGAACAUCUGUGCAUAAUAGUCCUUCUGGAGUGCUUAGGCAGAAUAACCAAAAGCAAAACUGUGUAAUUGACAGGGACAGGCUAGCCUCAAAGCCCUUGGCUUCUGGCUUGCAGAGUAGAAAAAUGUCAUCUGGGGAUCUUUCUACUGUACGGCAAAAAACCUUAAGCCGUACUUCAGGGAACUCAAAAACUGGAACCAGGAAGUUGGACUCUGAUGUAUCAGAUAGUGAAAAGGGAAUUUCAUAUUCCAAUACUAAGAAUGUCCCUAGGAAGAAACGAUCAAUUGAAAGGGACUCUCGUGAUGAGAAAAAUCAGUUUAUUGAUAAUAUGUUAAUUAACAAAAGUCAGAAGGCAAUUAAAUCUAGUCCAGUUCUUGAUAGACACUUCUCUUUGACAGAGGACGGCAAAAAGAAAUGCAUUGAUAUAGGACACUCUUCAUCAGGCAUGGAUGUUGUUUCAUUUACAUUCACAGCCCCACUUAUUCGAUCAAUGCCUGGCUCUGAAACAUCAUGUCAAGUUGAACAGAAAAAAUUUAGUGUUUGCACAGGGAACCACAGUAAGCGAUUAUUGCUGGACACAGACUGUGUGAACGUAUCUUCACUGGGUUAUAAUGUGAUUGGGGGAGAUGCUUUGAGUAUGCUCUUGGAACAGAAGUUAACAGAAUUAAGUCAGAAAGCUGAGUCUUCCCACCAUGAUUCCUUCAAAGUAGGAUCCUCUUCAUGCUCUGAUUCAACUUUUCCUGAUCUCUUACCUGCUACUAAUUCAAUUGGCACUGCAUCGAAGUUUCAAGAUAAGGAAUACCAACACGUGCUGCUUAGAGAUAAGCGAGGUAGCCAGUAUGAACCUGAUUUUUCUUCAAGUGGAUUCAGACCAAAUAAAUUUCAGGGUAUUGAUGAGAUGGAUGAGUGCAGCAGUAGCCAUCUUGAUGGGAAACAGUUACUUGAUUGUCAGCAUCCAAGCCCUGUUUCUAUCCUCAAACCUUCUUUUUCUACUGAAAGUUGCAACUCUUCUGAUACAGCAGAUAGCAGUAUUACAGAGGGAAGUAAGCAGUGUUCAUCUAUCCAAGCUCAGGAGUUUUUUGGUCUGAGUUCUUUAAAGAAGUACUACCCAUUAGAAGCUGAUACAGAGUUGUCAGAUUCAGCUUCUUCCACAUCAACCGGAACUCUGGCUAAAAUGAAUGCAAAUACAACUGUGAAACAUCUGUCUGGAUCAGCUAAGUGGGAAUUGGAAUAUGUGAAGCAGAUUUUAUGUAACAUAGAAUUGAUGUUUAAGGACUUUGCACUAGGCCGAGCUCGUGAUAUCAUCAAUCCUUAUCUGUUUGAUCUGUUGGAAACUCGAAAAUUAGGACCUCAAAGUAACAGUGAUGAGUCUAGGCUAAAUCGGAAGGUAUUAUUUGACUGUGUAAGUGAAUGCAUGGACUUAAGAUGCAGGCGGUAUGUAGGUGGGGGAUGCAGAACAUGGAUAAAAGGGGUUGCAAUGGUGAGACGAAAAGAAUCGUUAGCUAAAGAAUUGCACAAGGAGAUCUCCGGAUGGAGGGCCAUGGGAGAUUGCAUGGUGGAUGAACUUGUAGGCAACGAUAUGAGCAGUCAGUAUGGCAAAUGGCUGGACUUUGAAGUUGAUACAUUUGUACUUGGAGUAGAAGUUGAGGGUCAUAUAUUCAAUUGUUUGAUUGAUGAAGUGGUUGCUGAUAUCUUCCAAACAUAAUGCCAGGGCUCGUUGAUAAUUUAUCCUUUGAAAAUGUAUGUUGUCUUUUCUCCAAAUACCCUAUGGUUUUAGGAUUCUUAGACUUGUUCAUCAAUUACUUACUGAGUUUCAAGGCAUUAUGAAUGGAGCUGCAUUUCGCAAUAUUAGAGCGUGCAAAAGACCAGCUUUAAAAAAAUAAAGUUAUGCUGCAUAUAAA